AUGGGUACGCAUAUUGACAUGACACGAGACGAGAUCGUUAUCGUGUUGAUGGCUGUUACAGCACCAGACGGCGCAUACGGCACCAAACGGGAUUUUUUACAGCACAAGACGGCGCAUACGGCACCAAACGGGAUUUUUUACCGCACAAGACGGUCUAUACGACACCAAACGGGAUUUCUUACAGCACCAAACGGAUCAUUACCAACUACUCCACUAACCGCAGACUUACACCGCAUGGGAACCUUGGUGCCAGCGCGAGUGGGAGUUUAUACUAGCACGAGUUGGUAUCAGUCCGAGUUGGCGUCAGUUCGAGUUGGUGUCAGUCGAGUUGGUGUCAGUUCGAGUUGGUGUCAGUUCGAGUUGGUAUCAGUUCGAGUUGGUGUCAGUUCGAGUUGGUGUCAGUUCGAGUUGGUGUCAGUUCGAGUUGGUGUCAUCUCGAGUUAG